UGUUAUAAACAAGUAACAGUUUCCUGAGAUACCGGACACAGACCACUUAGAUAGUUUUCUUAUAUCCUAAAUAUUUUGCGUUGAGUCAAUGAAACACACAUCAUCUCUGGCUUUCCUUGUGACAACGAACAUGUUUAAGGUUUUGCCUCUGUUGCUUGUUUUUACCGGAAUUGUAUGUGCUUUCCAAGAUGUUGUAUUUCCCAAAGAUGAUGUGGGAAAGUCAGAGAAUCUCACGACAAGAUAUCAGGAAAAGCCUCCCGGAACAACGUCACACGUUCGUUUAGAACUUUAUACGAACAGAUGGAAAACACGUCCCGAGAGGGCAGCUGUGUCGCCGUCUGUGCAGGAAUGUCCAACAAAAAGGGGGAGUCUUCAUUACGAUGAGCGUCACAAAUGUCCAGCCAUCUUCUGUCAGCAUGUGAGCUACAGGUGUGACGCACAAAGGUCAGGGCAGGAAACAGGAAUCGAUUAUGAACUACACAACUGCACUGGGACCCAUCGUUGCUCAUAUGAGAGGAACAUUCCGGAAAACAAUAUUCCGAUAUCACAAGUUUGUGAUGGAGUCAGUCAGUGCCCUGGCUCUAACGACGACGAGUUUUCGUGUGCCAAGCCUUGUCAGCCAUUUUGUAUGUGUAUUGGUUUAACGAUCAACUGUAGUAACAAACCCCAGAGUUGUGGACGUUUUACUUUCGAGAACAAUUCAAUUGUCACCAAAAAGGGAGAUCGUCUUUAUCCUCAGUUGUCCUACCUGAGUUAUCUAGUGAUAACUGAUUUAUUAAAUUUUGAUGGUAUUUUCGUCACUGGAUUAAAUAACUUAAAGUUUCUAGAUUUAUCCAAUAACAAAUUAUCUACUCUUACUGGUAAAGUUUUCAGUGGACUGGCUGUUCUAGAUACCCUCGAUCUGGCCUUCAAUCAAAUACAGGUUCUCCCCGAUUAUGUCUUCAAAGGACUGCCUGUACUUACCAAUUUAAGGCUAUGCAACAAUCAACUGUAUGUUUUUUCCGAUAAAGUGUUCAGUGGGCUGCCUCUACUUCAUUUACUCGAUCUUUCAAACAACCAAAUAGAGGUACUUCCGGAUACUCUCUUCAAUGGACUGCCUGCACUUACUUUAUUGUCUAUGGAAAACAACAAAAUAACAGCUCUCCCCGAGGAUGUUUUCAAUGAACUGUCAAUUCUUGAUAGCCUCAGCUUGUCACACAAUCAAAUAACGGUACUUUCCGAGCAUGUGUUUAGUGGACUUUCUGCACUACUCCAACUGUUUCUAUCACACAAUCAAAUUACAUUUCUUCCCAGUAAAGUGUUCUGUGGACUGUCUCUACUAAUAAGACUUGAUCUAUCAAACAAUAAAAUAGUGGUUCUUCCCGACAAUAUUUUUAGCGGUUUAUCUGAACUUUCCACAAUAGACCUUGCGAACAAUUUGUUACUAGUUCUGCCAGGUACUGUCUUCAGUGGACUUUCUAACCUCGUCGAUCUGAAUCUGUCUAACAAUAAGAUCACGUUCCUCCCCAAGAAUGUGUUUAGCUACGACACACUCGCACUCAGGUUUCUCCGGAUACGCGACAAUAAUUUGUCUGUUCUGCCUUUGGUACCUUUCUCCCUUGAAGUUCUCGACAUUAAAAACAACCUAAUUACACAUUUACCAGGCGGAACAUUCACAAAUAAUAGUAAACUCUCUAUUUUGAAUAUAAUAGGUAACAAUCUGGAUGUUAAUGAUUAUCUGUUUGAAGGACUAGAUAAUCUAACACUUUUACUGACGGAUACUCCCUUCAUGUGUUGUGCUAAACCGAAAUCAGUAACCGACGAUAAAUGUUUAAGUACUUCAGCCGAUGUAUUUCUGUGCUGGCGUGGACAUGGUACAUGUAGAUCAGAAAACGAUGCGAUAUCGUCAUGUCACGCGUUGAUUGGUUCGAAUAUACUUCGAGUAUUUCUCUGGUUAAUUGGAAUGUGUGCACUAAUAGGGAACGUUGCGGUCAUCUGUUACAGAUUAUCUUUUGAUAGAAACAAUAUUACAAAGAGUUAUUCAAUCUUUAUACUCAACCUUGGAUUAUCAGAUUUACUCAUGGGUAUCUACUUGAUGAUAAUAGGCGUUGUUGAUGCAUACUUCAAUGGUGUGUACGCAUGGAAUGAUCAGAAAUGGAGAAGAAGCGUUCUAUGCACCACAGCUGGGAUUCUCUCCAGUAUAUCUAGUGAGAUGUCUACGUUUUUGAUACUACUCGUGACAGUAGACAGACUAAUUGUCAUAGUGUUCCCCAUGGCCCGCCAUUACCAGAGAAACAUUUCGGCGAAACAGGCCUCCAUUAUCUCCGGGUUCCUGUGGUUGGUUUCUAUCACAAUUGCAGCCAUCCCUAUCAUUUCUUUGCAGUCCUAUUUCAAGGGGGAAUUCUAUUCCCAGUCAGGGGUUUGUCUCGCCUUGCCACUGACAACUGCAGAGCAACCAGGAGCGGAGUAUUCCUUUGCGAUGUUCGUUUGCCUCAACAGUUUCAUCUUCGUUGUCAUAGUCAUUUGUCAAAUUUGCAUUUUCAUAAACAUGAGAAUAAGCGGUGGUAACAUUACGUCAUCACAGACUCGCAAACGAGAUAUGAAUGUAGCAAAGACACUCUUCUUUGUGGUGGCAACGGACUUCUGCUGCUGGUUUCCUAUCGGAGUGUUAGGUGUUGCGACAAAAUACGGAGUCCAAGUUCCCAAUGGAGUGUAUGCGUGGGUGAUGGUGUUUGUACUGCCAGUGAAUGCCGCUGUCAAUCCCCUGCUGUACACUGUCUCAGAGGUCUGGAGGAGGAGACGAAGGGCACUAAGGUCCACAAAUAUGACGCCAACACCACUCCCAUAGCUUCUGCGAGCCGCCGUUAUUGCAACUUAAACGUCCGUAUGAAACUCAUGGGAAAGUAUUUUCAGUUGUUUGGCGGAGCUACAAAGAAUAUCAGUGUAUCACGUGAUAAACUAUACUCAGGAUAUUGGUGUAUCACGUGAUAAACUAUACAAAGGAUAUCGGUGUUUACGUAAUAAACUAUACAAAGUAGAUAGGUGAAUAUCGUGAUAAACUAUACAAUAGAGAUCGGUGUUUCAUGUGAUAAACUAUACCCAGGAUAUCGGUGUAUCACGUGAUAAACUAUACAAUAGAGAUCGGUGUUUCAUGUGAUAAACUAUACCCAGGAUAUCGGUGUAUCACGUGAUAAACUAUACAAAGGAUAUCGGUGUUUCAUGUGAUAAACUAUACAAAGUAGAUAGGUGAAUCACGUGAUAAACUAUACAAAGGAUAUCGCUGUAUCAUGUGAUAAACUAUACAAAGGAUAUCGGUGUUUCAUGUGAUAAACUAAACAAAGUAGAUAGUUGAAUCACGUGAAACUAUACAAAGGAUAUCGAUGUGUCAUGUGAUAAACUAUACAAUGGAGAUCGGUGUUUCAUGUGAUAAACUAUACAAAGGAUAUCUGUGUAUCAUGUUAUAAACUAUACAAAGGAGAUCGGUGAAUCACGUGGUAAUUUUCAUAAAGGAGAUAGGUGUAUCAAAUGAUACAAAGGAGAUUGCUGUAAUUUACUGUGUCAUCCUUACAAGGAUCAACUAUUUCCAGACAUUUGAUUAUGGUGUUUUAUAUAGUUAAAUAUUUCCGGACGUUUGAUUAUUGUGCUUUGAAUAGUAAAAUAGUUCCGGGCGUUUGAUUAUUGUUUUUUGUAUA